UCAAGAGCCGAAUGGCUCACAGGACUAUAUAACAUAAAUUAAACUGAAACAAUUUGAAGCCCCGUAUCCUGUGCAGGUGCUCAUAUUCAGCCUGUGCCUUGCAAUGUACCUAACUAUAACUGCAGCCAAUCUGCUGGUGCUCGUGACGGUGGCGGUGUCCACAGACUUACACAAGCCCAUGCACAAAUUUCUGUGCAAUCUUGUGAUUGGCGACAUCAUUGGCAGCAUAGGUGGCUUGCCCAAGCAACUGCAGGUCCUCCUGACGGGCAACAGAGAGAUCCUGUUCAUUCCAUGUGUCACACAGACGUUCACACUUCACAUAUUCGCCAUAAAUGAGAUUUUAACAUUGGCUAUGAUGUCCGUUGAUUGCUACCUGGCCAUCUGCUACCCAUUGCACUACCACACCAAUGUUACUGCAAAGAGAUCCAUUUUCAUCGCAUUACUGUCCUGGCUGAUUUCAAUCAUUUCAGUAAGCAUUCAAGCCACAUUUAUCCUUUCAAUUACAUUAAAGGAAAAUAACAGGGAAAUCCAGGGCAUAGUCUGUGAUAACGUGGGCAUUGUAAGUUCAGCCGCCAAUGACACCAGCGAAAUAGAGGCGUAUGCAAAAUCCAAGAUUUUCGUAACCGUUGGCUUUCCUUUCUGUGUCAUUGCGUACACCUACAUUCAGGUUCUUAUCGAGUGCAAGAAUUCGACCUCCGAGUUCAGGAGCAAAGCUCUGCACACAUUCGGCACGCAUUUCAUGGCGCUCGCCAUCUUUUUCACGGCGCUUUUCUUAGACAUCCUUUUGCCGCGCUUUGUGAAGGAUGCCGACAGCGAGGGCGUGAGAAACUUGAGAUCCUCAGUUCAGUUGGUGUUCUUGCUCAGGCCGGUUGCGAACAUAUUAAUUUACUGCCUCCGCACGACUGAGCUGAGACUCGCAAUUAGUAAGCACUUCAAGAAGAUCUCGCUUCAUGUGCAUUCCUGUAAAACCAUCAAAUCUCGCCUUUCAGGUCAUUGUUGAACGAAUUUUAAGAUUUUAACCAUUUAAAAGUCGUAUACAUUUUAUAAUAUAGCCUGUUAAAGUCAUAAUAAUUACAACUGGGGGCCUCCAUUCUCACGUAGAGUAUCUUGCUGUACAUCCAUCACAAUGCUACUUUAAGAUCUUCUCUACACUCUCAUAGGCCUCCACUAGACACUAUUAACAUGAAUGUAUCAAGAUGUAUAUUGGUUGAGACGAUAAUGUUGGAUUCCAAGAUACAUAGCCUGUGAAUUACUGGACGCAAUCCUUAGAGUUUCUGUAACUAUAUUUGGUACUCGUAAGUUAGCUUCUAUGAUUUCAGUUCGUGUCGGGGUCACAAAUUAUUUGGUUUGCAGAUGAUGCGAAUCAUAUAUUAUUUAGUUCAUGGUAUAAGCAUAGGCUCGACUAUAAUUAUGGAAAAUUUUAACUUUUUAGCCAACGCUGCUGUCGUGUGCGCCGUUGAUGUUGCUGUUGACGUUUUCCCAGUUCGCCGAGCGACGCGAUUCUGCUCAUGCGCACCAGAUUUAGCAGCGUUAAAAGCAAACUGGAAAAACGGCCUUCAGUCAUUAAUGUCACUAUGCAUGGAUUUGUGUCACGAACAUCUAUGAAAACUACUGGACAUCUAAGAAAAAGAGCUUUAUAACUCAUUGGAUUCCUCCAGUAAAAAUGAAUAUUAUUCUGUCGUUAAUGAAGAACCAGGAUGGAGCGGAGGCACGGUUGUGAUUGUAACUCUGCUCGGAGCCCAGUAACCCGACUUUGAUUCCUGGCCACGACUAACAUCAGUGGCGAGAGAUAUUUGAACCAGUCCUUCCCCCACCGCCCAAUUUCACGAACGCACACUGAUCAUCGUGAUGAAUUGGAUGUCAUACGUAACGUAAAUUAAUAGCGUCGCUGUGGUGAAAAUUAUUCACGUAAUAAAAUAAAUAAGCAGACGAUGUGCCCCUUUCACAUGUGUCCCCACCCGGCAGUUCACCUGCAUUGAUCCAAGGAAGCCUGACUGUUGAUGAGACACUGAAUGUCUAAACCGGUCCAGAGUUUGCUUUGUGUUGAACAACUGCUGCCGAAAUUACACACUCGCACAAGAACUCGCGGUGGAUGGCAUUUGUAAAAAAAUGCUUUCACUUUUUGCUGUUGUUGUUGUGGAGGGACAUCUGUAAUGGCAGCGUAUUGUCCGCUUGUUUAUUUUGCACCUUAUAUUCUCCACGACGCUCAUUGAUUAGUGUGCAUUACUUUUCUUAGCAGUCAGAAUUGUGUCUUAAACUUGCGAAGGUUUUACAGUUCUUCAACCCUAACCUGUAUUCAAAUACAUUUUGUGAUGUCAUUUAAACAACUCGGCAACAUCUUCAUAACCCGGCACAAGCAAAAAAAAACCUUUAAAAAAAUGACUAAUGAAUCCCAUUCUCUCUUUCUCCCCUGAAAGCAAACAUGUUUAUGCCUCGGAAACUCAACACUGGACAUUCAUUCCUAAGUGCUUGCAAGUGUUUUUUUUUCUUUACAGUUCCUGAGCACAGAUUAAAUGGCCCAAAAAGUUGACCGCCAAGCAACAAAAUAGAUAUGAGUGAACACUUUUCUUGAAUAUUUGGAAAUUGCAUAUUAUCGCUGUAGUCGCGUUUAUUUUUUCUCCGGGUCCUCCGGUUUGUUCCUCAACCUUUAGAAACAUGCAUUGAGAUAAUUUAGAAUAUUUUGCUGCUAUAAAUGUCAGAAUUGUGGGCUACUUUGUUGAGCUAUCAUUUGUGACCAGGUCGCUUCGGAUAUAUAAGUUAAUGUCAGUGGGAUUUGCCUGGUAGGAUGGGGAUGGUUUAGUUUUAUUUGUAUGUGUUUGUGUGAUUUUUACCUUGUACUUUGCACUCCUAUUAUGUUUUUUUCUAUUGUUGUAACAUUCUUACCUGCCUCUA